AAGAUCUCUGCUAUCGAUUCUGCAAGAACGCAAAGCGCUAUCCGACUGCAACGUGGCACCAACAAGGAUUCUCCAAAAGCCUUCCAGGAUUUACUGAGUGGCAUUGCAAACUCAUCUGAAGAUGAUGGCGCUGUGUCGCUUGCGGUUUGGUUCUUGCUACUUAGGGCUGCCGACAAAUUUCAUCGGGAAAAAGGAAGGUAUCCAGGAACGAAUGGUGUUCCGUGCACGAUUGAUGCGCUCGAUCUCAAACAACGCGUUGUGUCCGUUAUUUCGGCCUCACGAGUGGAAAAUCCAGAAUCGAUAAUCUCACAAGUACCACAGAAUGCUAUAGCCGAAAUUUGCCGAUAUGGCGCUGGAGAACUUCACGUGAUUGCCAGCCUCAUAGGAGGUAAGUUAGGCAAGGUGAAAUGGAAGAUGAAGACAUCACCCAUGGAA